GCUCUCUCUCUCCUUUCCCUGAAGUGACUUUCAAGCUCAUCCACAUACCACGUAGGCUGGUGGGAAGCAGGGUGGAGGGGAGACGGAAAAGCCAGUCGGAAGAAGCGAAGGAGGUGGGUUCGUGCAACGUUUAGGACUCUCCAAGUGGUGGAGAGGAGAGCCGGGGGAAACAGGCCAAAAGAGGCGGCGGCAGGCAGAAGCAGCCUGAGAAUUUCCUGUGAGGGGAUCACAGGCCUCAGUCGGGGCAGGCGAGGAGGAGGAGGAGGAGGGCAUGGAGCGCCCUUUGCUUUGGCGACCUCCGCCGAGGGCUGCGUGCGCCCCCGAGCUCCGCGCGCCGCGCUUUCUUUCCUUUCGUUUCUCCUGCCGCGCAAUUGCGCUCGCGGCGCACUAAAGGCGAGGGACCUUCCUCUCUCUUCCUCUUCCCCCGGUCCUAGCCCAGCCCUCUCCUCCUUCCCGCUGUGGCGGCUAGUCUCGGCUGGCCCUGCCCACGUUUCUCUCUCUGUCUCCCUCUCCCCCCCUCUCUCUCCCCGCUCCCUCCCACCCGUGGUCAUGUGUUGCCUUUUUUUGUUGUUUGCAGUGGAAACAAUUUGGCGUUCUUCGGCUCGCUCCGACCCAAACCGCUACUCCAAUCGGGAGUAGUGUAGACAGGCGGGCAGACAGAAAGGCAGGCAGGGAGGGGGGGAGAGGUAGGCAGGGAGGGUUGGUAGGUAGGAGGGCGAAGCGAAGAGGGGGGGGGAAUUGCAGCAGGGUCCCAUGCUCCCCCCCUCCCCACGGCUCCUGGCUCCCCUUCUCUCUCUCUCUCCCCCCCACUCUCUCCCUUCGGCCACAUUGUUGGCUCCAGGCUGGGGGAGGAAGCGAUGCCUCGUUCAGUCGGAUGAAAAGUUUGCAUAAUGACCAUGGAAAAGGCAGCAGUAAAAAUCUAGAGCUCUUCCAAGCCAGGAGUCUCCGUCUAAAUGGGUCCAGUUAUGCCUCCCAGUAAGAAGCCAGAAGGCUCGGGAAUUAGUGUUUCCAGUGGAUUGAGCCAGUGUUAUCGGGAUAGAGACUUAUCAAAGACGCUUCACGACGAUGAGGACUUAGACUUUUCUUUACCUGCCCUCCGGUUGGAAAAAGGUCCCAUGGAGGAUGAAGAGCUCACCAACUUGAACUGGUUACACGAGAGCAAGAACUUGCUGAAAAGUUUCGGGGACUCUGUCUUAAGAAGUGUUAGCCCAGUACAAGACCUUGAUGACGACACCCCUCCAUCUCCUGCUCAUGCCGACAUGCCCUACGAUGCCAAGCAGAACCCCAACUGCAAACCACCCUACUCCUUUAGCUGCCUCAUAUUUAUGGCCAUUGAGGAUUCUCCAACCAAACGGUUGCCUGUAAAGGAUAUAUACAACUGGAUUUUGGAACACUUCCCUUAUUUCGCAAAUGCCCCCACUGGAUGGAAAAACUCUGUGAGGCAUAAUCUGUCGUUGAAUAAGUGUUUUAAGAAGGUGGACAAAGACAGAAGUCAGAGUAUUGGAAAAGGGUCUUUAUGGUGUAUAGACCCAGAAUAUAGACAAAAUCUUAUCCAGGCUUUGAAAAAGACCCCCUAUCACCCAUAUUCGCAUGUGUUCAGCACCCCUCCAGCAUCUCCUCAGGCAUAUCAAAGCACAUCAGGUCCACCUAUUUGGCCAGGAAGCACCUUUUUCAAGCGAAAUGGAGCCCUUCUGCAAGAUCCUGACAUUGAUGCUGCCACUGCCAUGAUGCUUUUGAAUACUCCCCCUGAGAUACAAGCAGGUUUUCCUCCCGGAGUUAUCCAAAAUGGAGCUCGCAUUCUGAGUAGAGGAAUCUUCCCAGGAGUCAGGCCACUGCCAAUAAACCCGAUCGGAAGCAUGGCUGCUGCAGUAAGGAAUGGAAUCGCAAACUGCCGGAUGCGGACAGAGAGCGAGCAGUCCUGUGAGGGCUCCCCGGUGGUGAGCGGUGACCCGAAGGAGGACCACAACUAUAGCAGUGCCAAAUCUUCCAACCACCGGAGCACGUCGCCCACGAGUGACUCCAUUUCCUCUUCCUCCGCUGACGACCAUUACGAAUUUGUUACUAAAGGCAGCCGGGCCAGUAGCGAGGGCAGCGAGGUCGGCUUCCACAGCCACGAGAGCCAUAGCGAAGCGGAGGAGGAGGACAAAAGGCAGAGCCGGAAAGAGACCAAGGAUUCUUUAGCUGAUAGCGGGUAUGCCUCUCAGCACAAGAAGCGUCAGCAUUUGCUGAAGGCGAAAAAAGUACCGAGUGACACGCUGCCUCUUAAAAAGAGACGUACGGAGAAACCCCCCGAGAGUGAUGACGAGGAGAUGAAAGAAGCGGCCGGAUCGCUCCUGCAUUUGGCGGGGAUCCGGUCUUGUUUGAACAACAUCACCAAUCGGACGGCAAAGGGGCAGAAAGAGCAAAAGGACACCACGAAAAACGAGAACAAAUCCAUUGAUUGAACUUAUAAAACAAUUUCGUUUCAGCACGUCAGGUGAAUUCUAAUGAUUUGUGGCAAUAUCAACAAAUAUUUUCUUUGUUUCGUUUUUCUUUUCUUUCACCCCCUCCUCUUCUUCUUUUUUUGUGUGUUUUCUUUUUUUCAAACCCUUGAGAUUUUUUUGUUUUGGAAUUUUUUAAAGGAGAUUGAAGCCAUAGAACUCAUACUGAUACUCAACUAAUUUUACAAAAGCUUUUCAUUACAUGAAGACAAAAAGAAAGAAAGUAAAAGCCAAAAUUGCCAUUGCUUUCUCCAGCUUUGUCAGAAAUGCAUGGUUGAAUAUGCUGUGACGUCACCAGUUAAUGUGAGAGGAAUAAAAAUUUGGUAUUUGGAGAUCUCUUAUAACCUAGAAGAAAUUGGAUAAUUUGGAAAUUGUUCAGGCCAGGCUGUAAGAAUUGAAAAUGGAAAAAAGGCCUUAUGGUUGGGUUUGUGUGUGGAUGUGUCUAUAGAUUUUGGGGAAGUCAAGAGGCACACACAAUAUCCUCACAACCAAGGAUCAUAUAUAGUGGCAUUUGCUUGUGGUUGUGCCAUAGAAAUCUUGGAAUAGCCACUAAUGACAGCUGCUCAUACAGUAAUGAUCUAUUAGUGCUUCAUGUACUGUAUAUGGCUCAAAAUGUGAAGACUUAAUAACUUAUAAAUUAUGGAAUACUGAACUGUGUAUGCAAUGAGUUUCAGUGAAAUAAAGAGGAAGGGGUGGAGGGGGAGGGGGACUAGUGAUAUUCUUUAAUCAAUUAAUUGUCUUCUAUAUUUAAAUUAAAAGAAUGUUUUAUAAAAAGCCAUAAGCCUGAAGAUUGGCACUGCCUGCAAAAAUAUUAUGGGAAAACAAGCUAUGAGUUCUUAACUGCCUGAGUGAAAAGCAAUCAAAUCUGAAGAAAAUUAUGAGUAGAUAUUUAAGGAGGGUCAAAAUGAGAAAACCUUUUCUAUAAGUCACAAAGAUUUGAUCUCACUAGGGGGGAAAUGCUACAAAACCUGCCAUUAGUAUUAUAUUGCUUUUUUAUUCUUUCCAAAAAAAUAAAAUCCAUGUUGGCUAGGCAAAAAUAUAAAGAAAUUGUGCUCCUCAAAAUGAGGUACCCAGUUAAGGUCAGUCAGGAUUCAUCUGUGCAAAAAAUGACAAUAUAUUUACAAUUUUAACCACUGCAACCAGCUGAAAAUUCUGAUCCACAUUGCAUGGAUUCCUUUCUGGGAGGGGCUCGGAGUACAAAAUAAUAAUAAAAACAAACCCUUUUUAUUAAUUCAAAGAUAACAAAAGUUCUUGUAAGGUAAAUAAUGUAUUUAGCAUGAAGCAUGAAUUAUUUUCAUAUAAAUAUAGAAAAAUAGAAAAAAGGCUAUGCCUCUAAUUUUUAAGCCCUUAGGCUUAGUUUGUUUUUUGGGUUUUUGUUUUGUUUUGUUUUUCCUCUCUUUUUUCCCUUUACCCUUUUUUUUGGAAGCAGGUGUUUUUUAAGGUUUAACCUUUUUCAGGGAUAAAUACUGACUGUUGGGGAACUUACUCUGCAAUAUUAAAAAUAAAACUUCAUGCUCGGGUAGGGCUUGGAUGGUUGAAUUAUAUUGCCUUGUCUGCACAUUCAGACCCCUUCCCCUACUUCUCUGUUUUUUGAACACGUUUGUCCUUUCUUUGUCUUUACAUGUAUUAAAACAUUACGCAAUAAUUUCAAGGGCAAGGCAAGUAGUGAGUGUGUAUGAUUUAAGGAGGCCGGUGGAAGACCCUGAAUUGUGAACGGUGGGAAAAACUUGGCCAUUUGAUUUGGGGGAAGACGAUGACCACGCAGAUCUGCUCAUCUGCCAGUGCGGAAACAAGUAACGAAAGGGCUUUGGUUUGAGUUCAUUGGGGCGGUUUAAGAGAUGCUGAAGAAGUGUUCUGUGUACACCCAUACUUGGUUUGUGGUGAUGGCUCCAUUAGCAGAUUGAAGCCUUUGCAAUAAGGCAACCUCUUCCAACUGAUCUUUUCUUUUUCAGUUGUAUUGGUAUCCAAGGCCAUAAUCCUGGGACUUCCAGUCCUAUAGGCUGUGAUCCAUGGGGUCUCUUAAGGGAGCACCAUCCUAGCUGUGGGUCACCAUAGGAAAAAUGGGGUGCUCCUAGAGCAGCACGACAAGUUGCAGCCAGAAAGAGAAACUGGCAACCUCUCUCUGGAGCAGAUUCGGCUUUGGGUUCCAGACCUGUAGGUAGACUGAAUACAGCUUUACACUGAACAGAAGUUGUGUUGUUUGCCGUUUUGGUGCUCAGGGUCUUUGCCUUGUGUUGGGCUUUGGCAGGAAAUGCGGGAAAGCAUCUUAGGGAAUUCCGCUUUGCAGGCUUGGAUAUUCAAGAAAAUGCAUACAGUAUGAGUUAGACGUUCAUGCCAACAGACUUGUGAAAUAUUGGGAGUGUCGAAUCAGGCUUGGAAUGACGCAGGUCCACCAGCAAGUUCAGCCUAUGUGUUACCAGUUCUCUCAAUACGUCCGCAUCUGCCAAAAGAAGGGGAGGGGGGAGGGAGAAGGUAACACUCGCCUAAAAAGAAAAAAAAACAAUGUCAAUCAAUUUAAGGGUUUCCUCUCUGAACUAGAGUGCCACAUGCAUGUUUCUUUUAAUUGCCAUGGAGUUCUACCAAGCAUGAGCAAAAUUUUAAUAGUGAAAAGAUGUGGCAGCCAGUUUAGUGGAAUGAAAAAGAUAUUCCACCAUGAGCCAUAAUACAAAAAUGGGAAUGGUUCUUAAUUCUGAUUAGUAUUGAUUAUGCCAAUAUUUCCAUGCUCAGAUCAGCACUGUAGCCUAUGUAGACAGCCAGUGGAGCAUAGCAGUGCAUGCUGAAGAAAUUCUUUCUUUAUUGCUCAUUGCCUAGAAACUAAAUCUUGGAAUUGACAGGAAUUCUGGCUUUGUACUGGGUCAGUCCACGAAUGCAGAGAGUCUUUGCCUAAGCCACGAGGGGGGGGGGAUGAAGAUUGCAGCUGUAGAUUUAUGUCACAUUGCUACAUCUGGGCUGCCUGCACGCGCACACACACACACACGCGCACACACACACACACACACACACACCGUCCCAGUAAAUAUAGCUGUAAACCAUGGACACACAGCAGGUGCACUGCAAGCUGAAUUACAAAUUCAAGUGUCAUUGCACCUGCUUGUCCUCUAAAUAGGGAAAACCCCUCAGGCCCAUCAUCUGCACAAGUUUUUUAAAAAUGGUGGCUGUGCAAGUCUUGCGCAACUGCCUGCCUUUCCGUGAGGUUUGAAUGAGGCUUAAUGAGGCUUGCUUAGAAGAAACAUCAUGCCUUAAACACAUUUUAAAUCAUGCAUGUGUCCCUCUUCACCCUCUGGUGCACUUCGGCGCUGAUGGGAGUCCUUAGUCCAAAACACCUGGGGGGGCACCAGGUUGGCAAAGACUGAUGUAGUCUGCCUUACACUUCUUUGACAUGGAGGCAUGCUAAUCAUACAUUUUGCUUAGCAACAGCAGUGUAAACCCAGAACAAAUUCAUUUUCUCCAGUGGUUCCUUUGCAAUAGCUAUUCCACUAUUGCACGAAUGUUUUGUGUACAAAGAUUGACUGUUUUACCAUUUACCUUCUUUCUGGUAAGAAUAGUCCACAAAACAAUUAAAUAAUCUAAUUGGACAGUGCUUAAAAAAAUAAAAACAACAACAACCCAAAGUUCAAUUCCACCAUGGGGAUUCAGGUUCCAUAAUGAUAUCUGUCCAUGAAUCAGGCACCCAAAGACUUAGGCUUGGAAGCUUUAGCAGGUGAUGUAGUGCCAAAUAUUCAAAUCCCUGUUUUUGUGCCCACAACGUACUUUUACUUCUAUCUAGUUUUGGGAUCCAUUGCUAUGCUAAUUGUCCUGUGAGUAGUACCAGACCUCAGUUGUGGCCUGCCUACAAUGUUCAGGGCAAUAUAUAGGGAGGGUGGAAAACACAGUGUUUACAUCAAUAGCUAAUCUACUACAGCAAUAAUCUUCAGAUGGAGUGUUUCGUAAUCAGGAAAGAACAUUUCUGAUAUGAAUAAUUGCUGGCAGGAAUGAAGGAGGGCUAUUCAACAGAUGAGGCACAAUUAAGCCAAAGUUCAUCAAUUGGCCCCAUAGCUUUCCCACUGAAAUUAAAGUACAUGCUCCACUUUCCUAAUAAAAGCCACAGAUACCUAGGCACUCCUUACUUUUAGGUGAGUCAUGCCCCAUCUGUUGACCACCCAUGGGUUAUAGCUUGAAUUUUUUUUAAAAAAUGUGCUAGGUGCUUCCUUGAAUCAUCACUGUACAGAAAGCAAUUGCAGGUGAUCUUUUCGCAAAAGAUGUCAUGUUACCUUUUCUUGGAGGCAGAGGAUGUCUCAUUUAAGUAUGCCAAUUAAGUACCUAAUUCCUAUUAGUAAUGGUUUUGAAAUGGAGAAGAUCCGAUGAAAGCUUGGCUUGUCUCUUGCACAGCCACCUCCAAUAAACUGUCAUCUUUUAUAUAAACUUCAGUGUUAGGUCCUACAGUGCCAACUUCUCACUUUGAUGCCAAAAGUGGAUGAAAGCAGUUGGGUCCAAUUAUAUAGACUUCAGCUGCAGAGAUGUGCUUACUUCCAUUCAGCACAUGGUGGAUCGUUUCCUCCACACUUUUUGAGCUUCUUACCUAUGUGCCUCAUCCAUUUUGAAAACGUUGCACAGAGGGAGUGUUUGUUUUGGAAAUACUGUUUUGGAAAUAGUUGAUUCUUUGUUAUAAUUUAGAUGGGUUUGGGGUUUUUUUUUCCCAAGUCACAGAAUUCAAGACAACUUAGGCAUUUUAUAGACAAAUUCUUCCUGUUUUGUGUAUGACCACUUUACUGUGGGAAGUACCUGUAAUCGAGGGUUUUUCAUAAAGUUGGAUGUAAAAUGUGACCAUAGCUUCGGUGCUGAAGACUUGUGGGACACCGCACAAGCCCAGAGCACAUUCUGAUAUGAGGACUUAAUAUAAGCACCUCCUGAGGGCCAUGGAUUUAGCAAGCCAAGCAAGGUGAGGGGAAGCUGGAAGAGCUAGCAUGCAGAGGACUCAUGGACCUUUGCAACCAGUACAUAAUUGCAGGAUCCAAGCUACCACUAAACAGGUGAGCAACUUGGCCUCUUGUACUGUACAGAACAACAAUAAGUCCUUGACCCCCGUGGGAGGCUGAGAAGUAUUUGCUCUGUCUUGGAGCACUUAACUCAUGCCUCAGAAGAUGCAGGCCCUGCUCAGCUGCAUUCUUCCUUUAUCUAGACCUUCAGAUAGUUUGAAAUGGGGUAACAUCUCAGAUGGAUGAAUAGGAUACAGAGGUCCUUGCCGAGCUGGACAUUCUUUGAGCAGUGAUGGGGAUGCUCUGCCCAUUCACUGUGACUGAAUACAGGAUUGGGGCACAGUUUCUCUUACGUAGCUUCCAAAGUACUCAGGCGCUUGGGUAGAGUUUUGCCUUUAAAAUAAGAAAGUGUUUAAAUGUAUGCCACCCGUCUUUCCAGGUUCGCUUACGUUUAUUAAAUUCUUACCUUACAGUCUGUUUAUCAUCCACGUUAACAGAUGCACAAGCAGUUCUCUGCAAACCUUUCCGAAAGCCAACCUGACGCUGGCUGCUUUCAACUAGCUUGUGCCUCUCAACAUGUUUUCAGAUCCUCCUCAAAGAGCAAAUUGGUAAUAAAACUGCUGCAGGCACAUCCUUUGUCCAAACUAAACAUAACCCCAGGACAUGGCAGGCAUAAUGUAAGAAUCUCAAUGUGAACCAUGGGGUGGCUGUUGAGUCUUGCUGGUCACAAAUAUUCACUCCAAGCUUGUAGCAUGCAUUGCCCUUGCUGCGUAACAUUUGCAUGUUGUCUUGGGUGGCUUGGCAAGAUGGCAGUCAUGUCUGUAAAAUGCUACAGGGCAAAUGGUGGUGAUCAGUGCCAUUGGCUACUCAAUUCUCAGUUAUAUACCAGUUGGUUUUCCCACUCAUUCUGAUCAUCUGCCUUCAAACUGGAGGACAAGAAGGUGAUUAGAAAUUCCGGGUACCUUCCUACAUUAAAUGAAGGAACUACUGUUAAAAACAAAGGGUGCACUACCAGUUUAUACAAGGAGAUUAUUUGGCUCUGGAUAACCUGCAAAAAGACAUUAGGUUUUGACAUUAAUAACAAAAAUUAGGCAAUUGACUUUAGUGAGCUGCCCAGCUAAUAGUUUUGUUGUUUCCCAUGUUCGUUUCUUAACAUUUUUUAGAAGUAUUCUUCCACCUGAGACCAGGCUCAUUCAUAGUUGUCUGUCAGUGUUCUUGACAGCUCUCCCUAUAAUAUGUAAAACACUGUUACGCACAUAAAUGCAGCACUGUGAUCUAAUUUAAAUAACCUUAGUAUACUAAAUAUGUAAUAUACUUUUAACAUUUUGCUACAGUGAUAAUCUUCUGCCAACACCCAAUGUCUCUUUGCUUUCUAUUGUAGGGAAUAAAAAGAUGCUGUUAACAAUACCCAGUUUACUUUUCCUUUACAGAGCACAUAAAUAAAUUUAUCGUUUUUGGUGUAGGCUUUGUAUUAACUGCAUUUAGAAAAAAAAAACAUAUUUACGCAAUAGUCUAUGUGGUUCGUAUGAACUUUUCUCAUCGCCUCUGUUCAUGCAUCUGUUCAUACCCUGUCCCUUUGAUUGUAGUAAUCGGCAGCAAACCAGGAGGGGAAGCAUUUUGGUAGGGAUACACGCAACCUUUCUGGUGCUCUUUUUUUUCUGGAAUGAAAGUGCAGAAUCAGUGGGUUGAUUUUACAAUGUUAACUAAAUCCACACAUUCCCAUAACUCUGCAAGCAGCCACUUGCCUUGCUGACUAGAAACCAAAACCAAAAGUGAGUAAACAUUGGCACAUGCAACGACAAACUGUUGUUUGAUGCUUCCAUGAGCCUGAGAGAAGCGACAGCCUUACACACUCCCCUCUCUUUCUUGUUAAUAGAUAAACGGAGGAUAAUGGUUUAGGACAUUGGUUAAUGGCCAAACAAGUCAACUUUAAACUGUUAAGUUAUGAAGCUGACUUGUUUCAACUAACCACUGUUUGUUGUACAGCACAAUCCCCAUUUUGAACAUAAUGCUAAAUCAAGGUUCUUGAAAAGCUAAUUUAAACUUGGCAGAAAUUCUCCUCUUGGCUACGCAGGAGGAGGAGAUCAUGUAGGUUUGUAGAAGUUUGUCCACCUAGAACCAAACCAUAGAUUUUAACAUAUGUGAACCAGGCAUCUGUCUAAUGAUGCUGUGCUUCAUUGGUCUACGUUUAAAACCACAAAAGUAGUUGGUUUAAUACAGACUUCCUUGUAGACGCACAUGUUAUCAAGUUGCACUGUGUUUUAUUUCUAGUGAGUACAGGGGAGAGGCUUGAUAAAUUAGAAUUAGUAGUUCUAGGAACUCCACUUAAGACCUUGGCUUCAACAGAGUGGGUACAAGAGAAACAGGGCUUUGGACGUGCAGGCUUUUUUAAAAAGUUGAAAUUGCAUCCAUCAACUUUUUUGUUGGAAAGAAGUAAGCUGCCCACAAACAGCCAACUGAGAGGAUUUCAUCUUUUUAAAAAAGGGGGGGGGAGUGGCACGCAAGUGCUGCCCAGGCUAUUUGCACACAUGAUUUCAUGUAGCGCUCAGGAUCUGCAUGCAGAAGUUGGAUUAGGGUGUUAUUGAAAUGACCGCGAAAACUCUGUGCCCUUUUACUGAAUUCAGACUUCUGAUGUGACUGGUAUAUUUUGUGUGAGGUGACUUUGCUGACUGUGGCUUGAAACCUGAUAAUUUUCUUUCUCUGGUUCCAGUUCAGAGUGAAAACUUAGUGCUUUUUGAAAAAAAGCCCUUCCCUAAUGCACCCAGUAUUUGGGGAAAACAAUUGUUUUUGCUUUACCGGUUUCACGCCUGCAUUAUACACACUCACUACUUCAGUUUGCCUUGGUGUCAAAUGUUGGAAGGGAUGGGGAUAGGGAAUGAUUUCUGAGUGUAUGAAAAGCAUUAUGAACUUGUACAUUUUUAUACUCUUCUGUAAUGUUUUUGAAAUAUUUCUUUUGUUCUGCAGGAAAAAAAAGUGAUGAAGCAAUCAAAAGACCAAUAAGUACAAUAUCAAUGCUUUAGGGUCAUGAGACCUUCAUUGGCCAAUAGAUUAAUUUAGUACAGCAAUAAGCCAUUUUUUCCUCUCUUUUUUGUUUCUGUUUUUUAAUUCCUUUUUUUGUUUUUGUUUUUAAUGCUGUACUAGGUAAAUGGAACUGCCAGUUUCAUUGACAUAAAAUGAGAACUGUGAUGGGGGGCAUAAACAGUGAUGUUAAGUUGUAUUUGUGUUUACCUAAAUGAGCAGUCGAAAGGCAAGUGCAAUCAGCCAGAAAUACAAGGAAAAAAACGUUGAUCUAGAGGCAUACUUGCAUUUUACGUUUCUUGAUGUGUAAUCAUAUUGCCAAAGACAAACUCUUUCAUCAGUUAUUAUUGUAAAUAACACUUUCCCAAAACCUACCAUAAAGUUUCUGUGAUGUAUUGUCUUCCAGUUGCAAUAAAAAUUACUGAGUUGCAUCAAUUGAAUAA